GACAAGCCAACUGACAGACGGCCAACUGCUUUUUGGCAUUGACAGCUAAUGUUUACGUUUGUGGAAGCCUUGAGGUGAGGCAAGUUAAUAGAAGAAAAGAAAUAAGCUUACCGUUGCCUGUACCUGCGAAUUUCUAUUUAGUUUUGGUUAAUAAGAUGUUAAUAAUGAAUGAAUUCGACAUAUAUGAUGACUAUGCGAUUGCAGAGGUCGUCCCUGAUCACAUUUUAGAAAAUAUUUUUUCUUUUCUCCGUUUAAAAGACCUCCGCAAUUGUGCUCUGGUAUGUAAGAGUUGGUAUAGAAUUCUUAGUGAUGAAAACAAUGAUGUUUGGCGGCUGCAUUGUAUCAAAAGAUUAGCUGAAGAAGUGAUGAAAUCUGAUUUACUGUCCACUGUUAAUACAUACAAGUCAAAACUGAGAGCAUUUUUCCAUGCAUGGAAUCCUCAUGACUGUUCAAGAAACAUAUAUGUUAAAGCAAAUGGAUUUACAUUACACAGAAAUCCAGUUGCUCAAAGUACUGAUGCAUGUAGAGGAAAGGUUGGAUUUCACCAUGGCAGACAUGCCUGGGAAGUAAUAUGGGAAGGACCUUUGGGUACAGUAGCAGUAGUAGGAGUAUCAACUAAGGAGGCUCCUUUAGAAUGCCAUGGAUAUGUUGGACUCUUGGGUUCAGAUGAGCAGAGCUGGGGUUGGAAUUUAGUUGACAAUCAUUUGUUGCACAAUGGUGAUACACAAGGACAUUAUCCUCUUUUAAAUAACUGUCCAAAGUACCAGGUUGGGGAACGCAUAAGAGUUAUAUUAGAUUGUGAAGAUAAGACCUUAUCAUUUGAAAGAAAUUAUGAAUUCUUAGGAGUUGCAUUCAGAGGCCUUCCAAAUAAGAAACUGUACCCAACAGUUUCAGCAGUGUAUGGUAACACUGAAGUGUCUAUGAUAUACUUGGGUCCACCCGUGGAUGGCUGAUAGUGAAUAUACACGUCUAGAAAAUCGACAGUUUCUAGUCAAAAUGCAAUAAUGUGAUAUAAUUUACUAUUUUGGGGCUAUUAUUAUUUGAUCACAGUUAUUUUACAUAAUAAGCUUAAAGAGUGGUUAGUAAAAAUUUGAUUAAUAUAUAUAGCAUGAUGAAAGUCAUUUUGUUUAAUAGUUAUCCAAUCUAAUACAUUUAUAUUGCAUAAUAUGAACUGUCCAUUGUGAUAUAGCAAUCGCUUUUAUGUAUUAUGAUAUCAAGUAAUAUUGAUUGAAGCAAGUCUGAUCAACUUAAACUACUGCUCUGUUGAUAAUGCCUAUUAAUGUGUAAUACAUUAUUAUUAUUUUCAAACCAAAAUGCCUAACAUUUUUUGUUGCAUCUAUGUAUAUUUGCUGUUUACAAUGUAUGAUAGUUAUUGAAAAUAUGUGACAAUGGUAUAUUAGUCCAUUUAAAUCUAAUAUAAAAAAUUGUUCAAGAGCGAGUCUGAGUAUAUGGUUACAAUGCUGGUGGUAUAGGAACUUAAAUAGCACCCUUAUUUAGCUGAAACAAAUAAACAUUUGUAAAUCGUUUAAACAUCACUUCUUUGGAAAUACUUAAAAAAAAAAAAAAUUUUUUUGAUCUACCUCCUGAGACCCUUUGAGUUGAAAGUUUUCUGAGACAUCGCUAUGUGACAGCUGGUUGCGGCUACCGAGCUGCUUAGGAUUUCCAAACGUUUAUCAACACAUGAUUAUUUUUUACCAAUGUCUUGAGAGACAACACAAUACAAAUUACAAAAAAGAAAAACCUAGGGACUUACGUAAUAUUUUUUGUCUUUAUAUUCAUACUGUGUCCAUACCACAAAUAUAUAGUAAUCAUUCUAUUCUUGUUUUGAUGUUGCUAUUUUGAGGCAAUCUCCGUUUUUAAUGGAUCAUAAGAUAUCAUAAGAUAUUUUAGCGGCUGUCUUUUAUCUAUGUAGGUAUAGUGCAAUAUUAGAGAGGAAACAAAACUUUUUUGGUUACAAUCUGUUUAGUAAUAGAUUUUAUACGUUAUCAUAAUAGUGGAAGGUUAAUGUUUGAUUGGCAAACGACAAUUCCCAAUUUUGUAAGAAGCUAGCUCGAUUCUCCUAAGUUAAUAAUGUUAAAAUUGAAUAGAAAUUGAAUCGCAAUAGGAGUUUUAACCAUAUUGGGCAUUCUGCUACUAAUAUAAGAAAGACCAACGACAUUCAAUUGUUGUGCCAUUUUGGUCUAGGUAGGUAUACGGAAGUUUGCUCUACAAUCUAUUGCAAUCGUAAAUCAUUUGCAGAUAAAAUGAUUCAUUAUUGAAUGACAGAAAAGGAUAAAAACUAUUAUUUCAAAGAAAAAAAUAGCGUAAUGCCACAUACGCUUCAAUCGUAAUUGAGUCGUGAUUGGAUCUCACUCGAAUGUGAAUCGUAUGUCGCUUAAGUAAUAUUAGGAGAAUCGGGCCCCUUGUCCAAGUGCUGCUUGGAGAUCUUAAACGAGUAUAGUGCAUUUUAUUCCUUAUCUCAUCAGUAAGCUGUAAUUCAAAGCGCAUAAAAUACUUUCUUUAUAUAAAAGACUAUACCUACUCGCCGUUUGGUCCUAUUGUCAAUAUUGUCAUCAAGUCACAAUACAUAUACGUUAAAUAGUACAUUUUAAAUUAAGGCGGCCUACCGUCCCGCAAUGCUUGACGAAAUCCCGUUUUGAAAUUAUUUGUAAAAUAGUCCCGCAAAACGUUGUAUGCGUCCCGCAUGUCCCGCAUCCCUAUUUUUCUACCACACUUCUACACAACACCCACCUGCGCGCACGCUCAACAGUGCAGGAACACAGAUUACCUAUAAUAUAAUCUCGUUCUCUUUAUUUCUACUGAACUCGUGAGGCCUAAUGAUUUUGAAAAUAAGACAUUAGUGCACGCUGUGACACGAUAUUGAUAGGUAAAAUUAUAGAUUUUAUCAGUUCCGUCCGAUCAUUUUUCAAUGCCCCCCCCCCCCUUUUUUUCACGAAAGGUAAGUCCCGCAUUCAGUUUUCGGAAAAAGUUGGCCGCCUUAUUUUAAAUGCCGUUUAUUAUUUUCCGAGAGUUGAUCAACUACCUACCUAGAAAAUUGAUCAAUUUGACGAACGAGUCUUGUUAUUUCCGGUGACAGAUAUAAGUAGAAAAGUUUAAAAACUUUUAGCUUUACCUACACUGCCUGCAAAGAAGCAUUGAUUCGCAAUAUUCUGAGUACCUGCCUGUUGAGUUUUAUACAAACUUUUAUCAAUAUGUAACUUUUAACAUGAUUAUAUUUAGUUAACGUUUUUCUUUACAAAAACCUCGUCUUAAAAUAGGAGAUUGAUGCCAACAAUCUCUUAAUCUAAGUGCCACUUAGAAUAAGGGCUCUCCCAAUUUUGACAUAAAUAACUAUGGAUAAGGGAUACCUAAACAUUGGUGAAAACGAAAUUCUUAUUAAGUGUUCCGUAAAUGCUCUUAGGGGAUCCCUUAAUUUAGGUAUUUGUUGGUGAAAAUGGGCAUCAGUUUUCCAAAGUUAUUACAUAAUAUAAUAUUUUCAUUUGCCGCCUAAAAUACCUCACAGUGGGCGCCGGGCCUCAGAAGAAACACCUAGAUAAAAAUACAUAUUUCAUAAACUAUAUUUAAAAUUCUUAAUCCCAUUUCAUUCUCCUAUGCUCGCUACUAAAGUAGUAGGUACCUUCAUGAUAAUAUAUACAAGGUGUUGAUUUGCAUCUGUGCAAUAUUUCAGGAGAUUGACAUAAAAUACGUAAAUAACCGAUUGGAAUUACAGUAGAUGGGAACUAGUUAAUAUGCGUUGCUUUUUUAGUCAUUGUAAUGUCACAGUAUUUCAGAAGUAACCCAUUUUUAUGAAUGAAAUUUGUGUAUUUUUGUGUUUGCGUUUGUGUGAGGGUGCAGCACGGUUUUGAGGGCAGUAACACACCCGAGUUUAAAUACGGGUUGGUGACAUUGACUCAGGCGAGGUCGAAUUGCCGCUGGGCCUUUUUAGUGGGUAUACCGGGGAGUCCCACAUACCCUGUCCCGUCCCCCCGACGGGAAGGGGAUGCGUAAUAGCAUUUUUAGCCCAGCCACAACCAAAAAAAAUAUGACUUAGCUGAUUCCCCCAAAAAAAUUGGUAGGUACCAAUUUUUUUGUUGAUUUGGGUUGAGGUGAGAAUCAUCAUUAGUAUAAUUACGUCCUUUGAUAUUGCAUGGAUGCAAAUCUACACCAUGUAGAAGAAUCUAAGAAGGUUCCAACCAAGACAGCUAUCCCCACCAAAUUAAUGCAAAUAAGUCUGUUACUUAAAUAUCACCAGAUAUUAUGGGUGCACAUUAUUUCUAGGCUUUCUUUUCUACAAUUAGACAGCCUUUCAAUUUUCGAUGUAAUUAGCGUGUUUAUCCUCAGUAAUUUAUAUGGAUUUAGUCCCGCGCUGCUGGGUGACUACUGGAAUACUGUAAAAUCGGCCAUAAUUGGUAAAUGAUAAGGAACAUGCAUAAUAGUUACCUAUCUAUGCACCUACGCUUUGAUGGACUUCAGGGGCCCGAUUCUCCUAAGUUAAUAAUGUCAAAAUCGAAUAGAAAUCGAAUCGGAAUAUGAUCGCAAUAGCAGUUUUACCCAUAUCGGGCAUUCUGCUACUAAUAGAAGACCAAUCGUGUUCGAUUAACAUUUGACUGGUGUGCGAUUGGUCUGCUAUUUUGGUGAUUUUGGUCUAUACGGUAGUUUGCUGUACAAUCAUUUUGCAAUCGUAAAUCAUUUGCAGACAAAAUGAUUCAUUAUUCAAUAACAGAAAGGGAUAAAAACGUUUAUUUCAAAGAAAAAAUAGCGGAAUGCCACAUACGCAUCAAUCGUAAUCGAGUCGGGAUUGGAUCUCAGUCGAAUCGAGUCGAACGUGAAUCGUAUGCCGCUUAAGUAAAAUUAGGAGAAUCGGGCCCCAGUUUACAGCUGGUAAUGGUGAACUCACACAUGUCAAGCUCGGGAGCAGAGAGAAGGAGUAUUUAGAAUUAUUUUUAUAUGAUGAUCUGGAUAUGUCAUGAAACAAAUUCGAUUCCUUCAUUCGGCCGGCUCGGACAGGUGGGUGUUCACGGUUACGCUGACUACACGUUAGGCGUGUGCAUUCCUGGGGCGUGUGAAUAGCGUGGGUUUGAUUCGCAUUUAUUUAUAUUAAUGUGGUUAUCUAAUUGCCUGCAUGUGGUUAUUAAUUAUCUUCCCAUGUAAAUAAUUUUGAAGGCAAAUAAAUAAUUUUAUUCAGAGAUUGCAUUUAAAAAUCGGAAGUCUACCUUAAUUUUGAUAUGAUAAAUGACUUGCCAAGAUCGCUUACACUUAAACUUUGAUUUAUUAUGAAGUUUUAUACGACCAUUCCUUAUAAUGUAGGUACAUAUUAUGUCUAUUUUUAUGUCGUGUCUCAUAAAAUAAUGACUAUCAGUUUACGAGACGAAGAUAAAAUGUUUUAAUAGGAUUUUAAUGUUAUGUUUUGUUGAUGAAUUUAACUAUAUUAACUUUGUUUUAUGAUGAGCUACGUAUCUGAAUACAUAAUCCUACUAAUUAGUUUUAAAACAUGCACUAGGUAAAUAAAUAUAUACUUAUCGUAAUAUUGUAGUUCUACUUACGUUUAGUAGGUAGGUGUACUUAUAAGUUAAUAAUCACCAACAAUGUAUUUGUACAUUUCUGUUAUCAAAUAAAACACUUUUGUUAUUAUUUAUA